UCGAUUAUGUGGCUUAAUAAGUUUUUCUCAGAGAUAAAUAAAAUCCUUAAAGCAAUUUGUAUCAACUUUCACUGAAAGUUUCAUGACACUUUAUGGCGUCGGUUUGAUUUUGACAAAUUGCAAUUACCUUUCUGAACUUUAUGAUAGAAUAUCUAAACAAACAUACAUUCAUAACUGAAAAACAAACGAUAUUCAGGGAUGUUUAUUCAGUAUUGGCUUCAUAUGCGCGCGACCGCUGACCUAGAGCGCGCCCGUGAUGCCCAAAAUCUGUAGGUGUCUCGCUAGUGUUGACAGAGCAUCUGCUGACGAGAGCGAGCGUAACGUGCACUACUGAGCUGCACACAUCGAUUUAUUCGCGUGCUUCUGUCGGUCAUGGCGAAAAAGAGUUUCUCCAGCAGAAAGUCUCUGAGGAAUCUGUUUUCCAAGAGUGAAGCGAAUCUCAAAGAGUCUGUGGAGAAAGAUGACAGCGGCAAAGGAAGUCUCAAACUCUUUAAAUGGAAGAAGAAGAAGAAAACAGACAGUUCAGACACUGGGAGCCUGAAGAUUUCAAGAACUGAGUCUGGAACGUUGGGAGCCGGAGACGGGGAAAGUCAGGAUGGCGAGGAGUCGAUUAAACGCAAGAAGUCUCUGUUUGGCAGCGUCCUCAGGUCAAAGAAAGAUCUGCUCAGCUCCUCGGAGACUGACCUCCAUAAACCCAAGGGUUUUGCUGCAUCCCUGUCCUGGAGGAAGAAUAAGAAGAAGAAAAGAGAUCUGUCCCAGGGUCUUUCAAGCAAUAGUGAUAUCUCAGGGGUCAAAGAUCACAUCAGUGAACAGGAAGAAUAUGAUGACCGGGCAGUAGUAGAACAAAACCAGCUUGGUUUUGAGGCAGCAAUGCCUACGCCAGAACUGCCCUGUACUUCUGACCAAUACCAGUCCCAGGAUGUCUUGAGUGACAUGUCUACACUCAGUAAGGAGGAUGCUAGUUUUAAGCCUUCAGAUUUGGACAGUACAUCGAUACAAUUUAUUGACUCUUCACCGUCUGAUAGUGAUGUUUACCAGACACCCCCAGAUAGCCCAUUCCCAGAGUACCUCUCAUCUGAUCACGCCGAUACCCAAGCUGCAGAUAGAUCUGCUCAGUGCUCCACCGCUGUGCUGUCCUUCUCUUCACAGGCUGAGUCGGACCUCACCGACUCAUUUAGUCCUGAUCCUAUCAUGAAAACUGCAGCAAGUACUGACACAUGCACAGUCCAUAAUUCAAGCGCAGAUCUGAACCCAAAAGGUGUUUCUGGUAGGGAUGAUCAACUGUUUUCUAACUCUGAUUUUGAAGUAUCAUCUAAAUCAGGAAUUUUAGCAGAUGUUGAGGUCAAAUCCAUCACCACAGUUCAAAAAGAAUCAUACCUGGAACAUAAAGAAUCAAAAGAUGCAACUGAUGCUGUCCACCAGAACUACAUUGACCAGAGUUCCAUCUCUUCCAUUUCUGAAAGUUCCACCACUUCCAUCCCUCAAAGUUCCCUCUCUUCCACCACUUCCACCCCCCAAAAUUCAAUUUCUUCCAUUUCUGUGAGUUCCGCCACUUCAAUCCCCCAAAAUCCCAUCUCUUCUAUUUCUGAGAGUUCCACCUCUUCAAUCCCUGAAAAUUCCAUCUCUUCCAUGAGUUCCACCACUUCCAUCCCUCAAAGUUCCCUCUCUUCCACCACUUCCAUGCCCCAAAAUUCCAUUUCUUCCACCCCCCAAAAUUCAAUUUCUUCCAUUUCUGUGAGUUCCACUACUUCAAUCCCCCAAAAUCCAAUCUCUUCUAUUUCUGAGAGUUCCACCUCUUCAAUCCCUGAAAAUUCCAUCUCUUCCAUGAGUUCCACCAGUUCCAUCUCCCAAAGUUCCAUCUAUUCAAUUUCUGAGAGUUCCACCACUUCAAUCCCCCAAAAUUCCAUCUCUUCAAUUUCUGAGAGUUCCACCACUUCAAUCCCCCAAAAUUCCAUCACUUCAAUUUCUGAGAGUUCCACCACUUCAAUCCCCCAAAAUUCCAUCACUUCAAUUUCUGAGAGUUUCACCAGUUCCAUCCCCCAAAGUUCCAUCUCUUCCACCACUUCCAUCCCCCAAAAUUCCAUCUCUUCUAUUUCUGAGAGUUCCACCACUUCAAUCCCCAAAAAUUCCAUCACUUCAAUUUCUGAGAGUUUCACCAGUUCCAUCCCCCAAAGUUCCAUCUCUUCCACCACUUCCAUCCCCCAAAAUUCCAUCUCUUCUAUUUCUGAGAGUUCCACCACUUCAAUCCCCAAAAAUUCUAUCACUUCAAUUUCUGAGAGUUUCACCAGUUCCAUCCCCCAAAGUUCCAUCUCUUCCACCUCUUUCAUCUCCCAAAAUUCCAUCUCUUCUAUUUCUGAGAGUUCCACCACUUCAAUCCCCAAAAAUUCUAUCUCUUCUAUUUCUGAGAGUUCCACCUCUUCAAUCCCUGAAAAUUCCAUCUCUUCCAUGAGUUCCACCACUUCCAUCCCUCAAAGUUCCCUCUCUUCCACCACUUCCAUGCCCCAAAAUUCCAUUUCUUCCACCCCCCAAAAUUCAAUUUCUUCCAUUUCUGUGAGUUCCACUACUUCAAUCCCCCAAAAUCCAAUCUCUUCUAUUUCUGAGAGUUCCACCUCUUCAAUCCCUGAAAAUUCCAUCUCUUCCAUGAGUUCCACCAGUUCCAUCUCCCAAAGUUCCAUCUAUUCAAUUUCUGAGAGUUCCACCACUUCAAUCCCCCAAAAUUCCAUCUCUUCAAUUUCUGAGAGUUCCACCACUUCAAUCCCCCAAAAUUCCAUCACUUCAAUUUCUGAGAGUUUCACCAGUUCCAUCCCCCAAAGUUCCAUCUCUUCCACCACUUCCAUCCCCCAAAAUUCCAUCUCUUCUAUUUCUGAGAGUUCCACCACUUCAAUCCCCAAAAAUUCCAUCACUUCAAUUUCUGAGAGUUUCACCAGUUCCAUCCCCCAAAGUUCCAUCUCUUCCACCACUUCCAUCCCCCAAAAUUCCAUAUCUUCUAUUUCUGAGAGUUCCACCACUUCAAUCCCCAAAAAUUCUAUCACUUCAAUUUCUGAGAGUUUCACCAGUUCCAUCCCCCAAAGUUCCAUCUCUUCCACCUCUUUCAUCUCCCAAAAUUCCAUCUCUUCUAUUUCUGAGAGUUCCACCACUUCAAUCCCCAAAAAUUCUAUCACUUCAAUUUCUGAGAGUUUCACCAGUUCCAUCCCCCAAAGUUCCAUCUCUUCCACCUCUUUCAUCUCCCAAAAUCCCAUCUCUUCUAUUUCUGAGAGUUCCACCACUUCAAUCCCCCAAAAUUCCAUCUCUUCCAUUUCUGAGAGUUCCACCUCUUUCAUCUCCCAAAAUUCCAUCUCUUCUAUUUCUGAGAGUUCCACCACUUCAAUCCCCCAAAAUUCCAUCUCUUCUAUUUCUGAGAGUUUCACCAGUUCCAUCCCCCAAAGUUCCAUCUCUUCCACCACUUCCAUCUCCCAAAAUUCCAUCUCUUCCAUUUCUGAGAGUUCCACCUCUUCCAUCUCCCAAAAUUCCAUCUCUUCCAUUUCUUCCAACCCCCAGAGUUCCACCUCUAUCAUCCUUGAUGGUUUCACCUCUAACAUUACCUCAAACUCAAAUUCUGCCUUUACCCUUGAACGUUCCUCCACUCCACCUUGCAUUAAAUCUGCUGAGGCAGAAGAUUCACAAACCAGCACGGCAAAUAACACAAACAUGUCUGCCAGCAGCAGUGAUACAGUCAACACUGACCCCUCCAGUGCCACUACAGAUUGCUUCAAAUCCAUUUCAGUUUCAUCCAUGCCUGAUGUGAGCUCUGUGUCCUACUCCAGAAUUGCAGAAAACAGUUUGAAUGCUGAUACUGAUGUAAAGCCAAUUUUAUCUUUCUCCAGUACUGAUGUUUCUGUAAGUGAUUUAAGCUCAGUAACUUACAGUUUACCCACAAUCCCCAUACAUUCCACUUCUGAUUCAAGUUAUCUGGAAGAAACUCACCCUGAGAUUAAUUAUGAGGAAUCUCAUCAAACCGACAAUUAUUCUUCCUCGACAUUUUGCACUGACUCAGAGAAGCCUGCUGAACCUGUCCUUCUUGAGGAUGAGUUAAAUAUCUCUUUACCUCAGUCAGGUGCGUCGAGAACAAACACCAUCAUUAAGUCAUCUAAAAAGGUCACCUUUGACCUUUCAGGUCCCUCUGACCCCGUCAGCCCUGACCAUUCCCAGAAAAGUCUCUCUAACAAUGUGUCUUAUUCAGAUGUGGAAACCCAGAAUGAAACCUCAACAGAGGACCAUGUAAGUCAGAAUAACGACCAAGCUAAAUUGGCCAACUUUUCAGAAACUUCCUCAGGUCUUCUAGACAGUGGUGUCUCCAGCACUUUGACCUCUGAAACCACACCUGCCAUCACAAUACAUCCUCACUUAGAUGUUUCAUACCGGCUGUUAAGCUCUCAAGCCCCAAAGGAAGAGAAAGCAUUCAAAGCAUAUGAAGAUUGUGAGGAAGAUGUUCAGGAGGCAUCUACUCAAAGUUCUGAGUUCACUGGCCAGGAUGAAACCACAGCAGAGUGUAUGACCACCAGAAAUGGCCUUCAGAUGUCUGUGAAGAACCUAUAUGGACCAGAAGUGGAGGAAGGAAGUAGACUAGAUACCGAUUUUCAUUAUAAAUGUCAUUUUGCGUCCAUUCAAGAACCUGAAUCAAUUGAGAUCAUAACCGCUGCAGAGAGUAUGACCACUAGAAAUGACCUCCAUAUGUUUGGUAAGGAUAAAUAUGAGCGAGAAGUUGAGGACAUUUAUCAUGAACGUUAUGACGUUUCAUCAAAGGUCACUGAAUCAGAGCAAAUCAUGGAUGUUUUAAUACAAGAGAAAAUGUUAGUUUCAGAAAAAUAUGAGGUUGAAGAGCAGAGAGAUGAAUUGCAAAUGGUCCAAAGCACAAGAGAAACAUCCGCAACACAAGGUGUAUGUGAAGGCACUGAAGUGUUGACAGGUCAAGCAGAGUGGCAGAUUCACCGUCUCGCUCCACUGAAACCAGCCCUACCAGUCAAUCAAGAAUGUGGCUCUGAGGAAUGCACUUCGGCCCCUCCCAUCUCUGAUCCAGUGAAGGUAUCACCUGCAGACUCAAGCAUGGAAACACACAGUCACCUGGAGAUUCGACUCCACCCCUUGGCCCAGCACCAGCCCAGCGGAGAGAUAACAAUACUGGAGGACACAGCAAGGUGCAAAUAUCAAACAAGCCCUGAUAACAUCUACGCUGAGAGGGAGGAACACACCAGCAGUGAAGAGGCCGGGGAUAUAGCCGCAUUUCUCACAAGAACACAGGAGAGUGAAAGUCAAGAACACAGCCCUGGGACGAUCUCCACUGCACAGACCGCCGAGGAGACUUUCAGACACAGCGACAGACAGGGGGAGGUGACGGUGACAAAGGUAAAGACAGCCAGAGAUAAUAUCACUCACAGGAACUGGGUGCAAAUCAGUGAAAGUACAUCAGACGAUAGAAAAGAGAAGGAAGAUACCGCAGAAGUUCAGACUUUCCCUGAUCAACUGCUUUCAAGAAGUUUAAUACCAGGUGAAAGGUUCUUUCAUGCAUCCACUGUUCUCAGUACAGUGAUCGAGGAGUCCGAUACACAGAACCAAGCGGAAACUGAGCCUGGAUCCGAUUCAGACAUGAACUCUGGUGUUGCGGUGUUUAGUACGAAACUCAAUCAACCAUCAUCUGCUCGAGAGGAUGCCAUGGUGGUCCGCAAAGUGUCCCUGGUCAGCACUGACAAACAGGGCAGCUUUGGGAACCACGAAAGUCCAUUGGACAGCAUGAGGCGAAGAGAUGAAGCUGAGCUUGAGAGGAAAUGGAAGAGUCUCCAUUAUAACUCUGAAGAACAGCAGUCUGGCUCAGAAUACACGGAUAGCACAUACCUGCGUUCCUCUCAACUGUCCCCCAGCUAUGAAAAAGGAGUCUACACGUCUCAUUUUCACUCUGCCGAGACCCAGCCCACUGCUUUCUCCUCAGAGACUGACGGUAGCCUUGGAAACACUAACUGGAAAGUUGUGGAGAGCGAAGUUCACCGGAGUAGUGAGAGUUACACCAGCGGGAGGGGCAGGGUGGAGCUUAGUUUACCUGAAGCCGGAGAGGGAGAGAUAAGAAACACAGCCUUUGACUCACGGGCACAAUUUGAUUCUCGCUUGAUGAUUGUGGAGGCUGAUGACUACUCCUCUGAUGUUUUCCAAGCUACACGGGUGGAUCUGAUCCCCUCACCCACUGGCCUCGAGCCUGACGCUCUUUCUCCUUCAUCCUUUUCUGAAAUGGAUAACCUGGUGGAUACUCUCAAGAGCAUGGAGCGACCGGUCCGGCAAAGGGUUCAACGCACCCCAUCCAACACUCCCUUCUCUUCACUGCCACCUAUCGAUGAGGACGCACCAAUCUCACCCCCAACUCCACUCUCGCCUCUUACUCCGAUCUCACCUGUCACUGAGCCAAGGAGUGUCUUGAAUGGAGUUUCCAGUUUGCCUCUAGACAUCGGCUUUAACUGGAGUUCCCCCAAGGACAUGCGCUCCCCUUUGACCAUGAUGAAGGAGCAGCAGUUCGGAGUCGAGACCCAGAAUCGAGGGCUUUCGCUGCCCCUGCGAGCCUCGGCCCUCAACAGCAUCGUGAUGCGCAAAGGCUCCCUCAACGACCUGGCCGGUCCCGAAGACACUUCUCCAAAUGGGCCAGGUCAGUCUCGUCUGGAGAACAGCUUCUUCUUCCAGCCCACUGAGAAUGGCAAGGCCUCGAACCGCUCAAUCUUCCGCGCGGCCUCUCUCCCUGAGAUCGGCCCCAGUCAUGAUCGAAUGAGCUCGAGCCCCAUGGGAUCCGACACCUUGCUCGGUUCCCGUUUCGAGCGCUUCUCGUACCUCACAUCUCCGUCGAACUCCCUCAGCGGGAUCGCCGAAACCUCUCGGAUAAGCGUGGCUCCUCCUGUCCAGCACAACUCGCAAGAGACCUCCAUCUUCAACCACAAGUCCACAUCAGAACUUUACCGGUCUCUGCCCUCCGAAACGCUCCUCAAGAACUCUCAAAGUCUUCCACGCAGCAGUAGUCUUGACGGAGGUCUACUAUUCAAUGACUCCAAGGGCUUCCAAAUGAAUCAAACGCAAGAACCAGAACGGAACUUACAACUCAAGUACAGAGCCUUCCCUGAUGCAUAUCUCACAAAAGAGAAGGAGCACGGCAAACUCAAUCCUCGACCUGGAAAGAUGUUAAUCUUUGACAAGCCUGGAUUGAGCGGUGACAGGAUUGAGGUGCGUGGGGAUGUUGUGGACGCCACACCAUGGGAGUUUACGGACACGAUUUCAAUCCGAGUGAUCAGAGGAGGUUGGGUGUUGUAUGAGAAGCCGGACUUCAAAGGGGAAAAGAUCGCUCUGGACGAGGGCGACAUCGAGCUGACGAAUCCAUUCGGACCGGAUGAAGAAGUGACCGAUCAGCAGAAUGGAACGACACCGGAUCACGGAGAAGAAGACGGUGAGCCCAAGCCUCAGAUGAAGAGGAAGUUUGUCAUCGGAUCCAUACGGCGAGCAGUGAGGGAUUACAGCGUUCCUGAAAUCAGCCUUUUCCCAGAGGAGAACGCAGAAGGCAAGAAGGUCACGUUCAGAGACACGUCAGAAGACUCCCGAAUCUUCGGCUUCCCGAUCAAAGCGAACUCCAUCAUCAUCAACGCUGGGCUGUGGCUGGUGUUUGCCGAACCCUUCUUUCAGGGCGUCCCGCGGGUGCUGGAGGUCGGAGGGUUCUCCAGUCCCGCCGCCUGGGGCGUCACACACCCGUACGUCGCCUCCGUUCACCCGCUGAAGAUAGGGGAGCCUAGAGUCGAGAACCUCUAUGAGCCUAAAAUUGUGCUUUAUGAAAAGCCAUAUUUCACUGGCAAAAGCAGAGAAAUCUACAGCAGCACCAGAGAUUUUCUGUCGAGAGUCGACAGGCAGCAGUCUCUGUUCAUGUUCAGCGCAGGAUCCAUUAAAGUCAUCGGCGGCUGCUGGGUGGGAUACGAGAAGGAGGGUUUCCGUGGUUACCAGUAUCUGCUGGAGGAGGGCGAGUACCAUGAUUGGCGGGUGUGGGGCGGAGUCGAUUCGGAGCUGCGCUCGGUCCGCGUCAUCCAGGCUGAUCUGUCCGAGCCUCUGCUGGUGUUGUACGGGAUGCCUGACGAGGAGAAGCAGGAGGACGAGGAGCGCACGUUCGAGGUGACGGAAGCUGUGCCGGAUGUGGAGCUGUUUGGUUUCGGCAUCAACACCCGGUCCAUCCACGUGCUGAGCGGAGCGUGGGUGGCCUACUCUCAUGUGGACUUCUCAGGGAACCAGUACGUCUUGGAGAAAGGCUUCUACAACAACUGUAGCGACUGGGGCUCCGGAGACAACCGCAUCUGCUCCAUACAGCCCAUCCUCGCUGCGCCCAGUGAAGGUCCCAGCUUCAGAAAUGAGGUGCUGCUGUACUCAGAGCCGGACUUCCAGGGCUCGUGUCGAGUGUGUCAUCAGAACCAGAGCAGUUUGCCCGAGAGUCUCUCUGUCCAGUCCUGCAGGGUGGUGGGAGGAAGUUGGGUGCUCUAUGGAGAAGAGAAGUUUACAGGAAACAUGUGCGUUCUGUCUGAAGGAGAUUAUCCCAACCUGACCAGCAUGGGCGUCCCACCCGCCUCCAGUGUUCGCUCCGUCAAAGCAGUUCCGAUGACAUUUUCCGUGCCGUCGAUCUCUCUCUUCGGACUGGAGUGCUUUGAAGGUCGGGAGGUCACUAUCGACACGCAGGUUUCCAACAUGCAGGAGGAAGGAUUUAAUACACACUUCCUCUCUGUCAGAGUCAACAGCGGUUGCUGGGUGUUAUGUGAACAUAGUAACUACAGGGGGCGCCAGUUCCUUUUGGAGCCCAUUGAAAUCACAAGCUGGCACAAAUUCAGCUCUGUCUCCUGUAUCGGUUCCCUGUAUCCAGUCAGACAGAAGCAAAGACUGUUCCGCAUCAGGAAUAAGGAGACGGGCCACUGUAUAUCAGUGCAGGGCGGUGUGGAGGACAUGAAGACGGGCCGUGUGGUCGUGUCGGAGCAGGUGGAGGGAAUGAGUGACGUUUGGCUUUACCAGGACGGGCUCAUCAAGAACAAGCUGGCCCGAACCACGAGUCUGCAGGUCAUGGGGAACGUGGAGUCCGGCGCCAAGGUGGUGCUGUGGACGGAGACGCGUGUGCCCGUGCAGACGUGGAGCGCACAGGUCAGAGGUCGCAUCUCCAGCAACAUCUUCCCUGGGAUGGUGCUGGACAUCAAGGGAGGCAAAACAUACGACAAACAGCAUUUAGUGAUCCGAGAGGAGAAUGAGGAGAGCGAGAGCCAACAGUGGGAGCUGGAGUUUGUUUAACCCCGCCCCCUCUCAUGUUCAUGUGACCUGACUCCACCCACUCCUCCUCAUGACACACGACACUCAUUCUCCCGUGCAGCUGAAGAGAGUUUCUCUGUGUGGAAGAGAUAAAACACACAUUUACCAAUGAGAGUGAAACACCAUCCGAGCUUCUGAUUGUGAAUCGUAAAGCUCUCGCCUGAAUGUGGGUGUGUCUUAUUUGCACAUAGUUUGAAUAAAUAUUACAUACAGGUCAUUUUACGGUGUACACACUGAAGAUGGUGCUGGUGGUUUAACUUUUAUAAUGUCACUGAAAAACGAGAUAUUUUUCAUAUGCAUCACAUUGUUGAAUAUCGUGCAUUUGUAUUUUUCUAAGCAUUCUUUCAUUUCUGCUCAUUAUGUUGUUUACACGCUAAUGUUAUUUUAUUUUCCUAGAUAUUAUUCGACAUAUUGGGUAUAUUCUGGAACGUGUGCUUUAAUAUCAAUGUCUGCGAUUUACUUUAUAGCCGCUGCAAAUCUUGCCGGGUUUCGGUCUGUUGUGUCGUUUUUAAUACCAGAAAGUGUGUUGAUGUCAAAGUCUCUGGAAAUCCAAGAAAGUUUUUAUGUGUAAAUGUUAUUUUUCAAGUACAAUGUGAAAUAUUAUGUAACAGGGAGUGGCUUUAAUUUUGUAAUAAAACUGUAAAAUGAAA